CUGAGCCUGUAUCAGUGGUUAAUGGGGCAAUUUUGGCGGCUGCGCUGUGAAUGUCCUCUAGCGGAGAGUCAUGGUAGCGCAAGGUUUGCAGAAACCUCCUUUUCAGUUUACUGUGGUAGGGCAUUGGGCAUAAUGGAGACCAAACCAGUGAUAACCUUUCUCAAAACCCUCCUCAUCGUUUACUCCUUCGUAUUUUGGAUCACAGGAGCGAUCCUCUUGGCAGUGGGAGUAUGGGGGAAGUUUAUGCUGGGCCCUUAUAUCUCUCUGAUAGCUGAGAACACCACCAAUGCUCCAUACGUCCUCAUCGGCACUGGGACUGUCAUCAUCGUCUUCGGCCUGUUCGGAUGCUUCGCCACCUGCAGGGGGAGCCCAUGGAUGCUCAAACUGUAUGCAAUGUUCUUAUCCCUGGUGUUCCUAGCUGAGUUGGUGGCUGGGAUCUCUGGCUUUGUUUUUCGUCAUGAGAUAAAGGGAACCUUCCUGAGGACGUAUACUGACGCGGUGUUGAACUAUGAUGCUGAGGAUGAGAAGAGCCUGGUUGUGGACAACGUCCAAAGCAGCCUGCAUUGCUGUGGGGUGUACAACUACACCAGCUGGUUGGGCAGUGUGUACUACCCUGCUAACGGCUUUCCCUUGAGCUGCUGCUCCAACUCCUCUGACUGCAACCCGCAGGACCUCCGCAACACCACCAUAAACCACACCAAAAUCAACCAGCAGGGCUGUUAUGAACUGGUCACCUCCUUCCUCGAGAUCAACAUGGCCAUCAUUGCAGGAGUGACUUUUGGCAUCGCCUUCUCACAGUUGAUUGGCAUGUUGCUGGCAUGUUGUCUGUCCAGGAUCAUUACAGCUAAUCAGUAUGAGAUGGUGUAGCUGGGAGAGCAGGGAGAUGAAGAGGAGAGGGUGAACAGCAUCUUGGUAGACUGGGACAGAAGAUCCCCACAACACUAGCACAUUGCAUCACUAAACCCCCCCCCCCUCUCUCUCUCUCCCCCCCCUCUCUCUCUCUCACUUUCUCUCCCCUCUCUCUCUCUCUCUCUCUCUCUCUCUCUCACUUUCUCUCCCCUCUCCCUCUCUCGCUCUAUCUCACUUUCUCUCCCCUCUCGCUCUCGCUCUCUCUCGCUCUCUCUCUCACUUUCUCUCCCCUCUCACCCCCCCCUCUCUCUCUCAUUAUUGUAACUUAUUGUAAAGAAACACCAUUCCUUAAUGCUACUUUGCCGUGAGCUUCUCUCAGUACCUUAAACUCCUCCACUGAAUGACUCUGCUGGUAAAAGUUGCAAGUAAGCACUGAUCUAGGAUCAGCUUACCCUCCCCAACACAAGAUUGACCUUGGACCAGCAUCUAGGGGCAACGUCCUCCUACUCCAUAUGAGCUUAGCAGUCUCUGACACUGUGGAGAAGUUUCCCUGAGGUACAGGUCUAGGAUCAGCUCACCCCCCUUGAUGCUAACUUUAACCAUUAAGAUAAUGAAUGAAUAUCUGACCCUGCAUUAGUGCUAAGGGGCAACGUCAUCCUUCUCCUUAGCAGUCUUUGACCCCUGUGUCUCCCUGUCCUCUCACAGUUCCCCCUUGUGGUCUGGCAUGCUCCAUAUAGGCCCUAGCAUCUCCAAAGCGAUGCACAUAUUUGAAUAGACAUUACAUUAUUAACCCACAUAAAUAUAUACAGUCGCUGACAUACACUGUAUUUUCAUUAUGUUCCUAAUCACUGUAAAUACCUAAACUUCAGACAUUUAAAGAAGAUAUGUUGAUGAAACAUUGAGAGAGCAUUUAGAGCUAACUUUAGCCUUUCAUUUGCAUCUUUGCUUUUUUGCUGCUACAUGGAUGAUAUCUGACUAUUGUGUCCAUAUCUAUGGCAUUAGAUAACAAUGAACUGCAAUUGAUUUGGUCUGUGGAUGUGUAAAUGUGGCUUACUCUGGCUGGUGGGAGAAGCUAUAGGAGGACUGGCUCAUUGUAAUGGCUGGAGUGGAGUUAAACGUGGUUUCAUAUGUUUGAUACGUUCCAUUUAUUCCAUUCCUAUAGCUCCUCCCACUUACGCGCUCCUAGGUUCUUUAUAAUUUAUUAUAAUAACACAUCAUGAUGUGUGUGUGCCGACUUUGGUCUGGAACACUGUGCUGUUCGGAUUUAUUUGUAUGUUCUUGUAAUAUUUGUGUGUUUAGUUUUGUCUGAUUCUGAUAAAUAGUAUUAUUUAUUGAUUUUAUUGAUGUUAUGUGUUUUUGUGCCACAUGUUGAGAUAUAUAGACCUAUGUUUACAUUUUGCUUAAUUUAUGUAUUGUUGACAUUUCAUUUUUUUGUAUGUUUUUUUUGUAUGUCUGCCUUUGAUUGUGCAUCUUUGUGCACGUUUGUGUGUGAGUGAGUGAGAAAGAGUAGAGGUGGAAUCCCGACAUGAGUGUUCAACCGGGAAUAGGGUAUCAUUUGAGAUACAGUCAAUGCUCAUAUAGAUGUACGGCUCAGGUCAAUGACAUGAUUUCAAUGCUCCAACCGGGGCCUCUUAUGGUGUUGUGUAUGUAUGUAUGUCCAUGUCUUAGUCAUGACAGAGGCAGCUGGGACCUCUGUGCUAUAGACGGGUUCACUGACAACGUCAUGAAAACAUUGCGUGUGCUUCAAAGGGGCAGAAGCUGUGUGUUGUUAUGUUUCUGGAUGGCCAGAUAGCUAGCAAAACAGACGUGUGGGGAAUCGUAAGUGGCUCGUUUGCUCCUGUACUUAUCUUGUUGUGAGGUGUUUUGACUUAUGCCACGUCACAUCGAUGCUAUUAUGGCAAAGAUUUGCGAGCUAGCUAGCUAACCAACAACUGUAACAAUGUAUUUGAGUGCUCAUUGUGCAAUUUUAUUUAUUUUUUCAGUAAACAUUGGAGACGAAAUAUAGUUUACCUGUGAUCAACAAUCCAAGCCAACCCUGUAUGUUUUGCCCCAUUAGUUGUACAUGGUUCGGUUUUGUUGCUAAACAACCAACCCAUCUAUACAAGGGAUCUCAGCCCUGGUUCUGGGUCUCCCAUGUAUGCUGUUUUCACUAAUGACUCAGAUUUACAAUACUUGGUUAUUAAAAUCUCAACUAUUUUGCAUGAAAUCUUUUUAUGGAAGGGAUUACUGGUAUGUACAUAGAAAUUGCAUGGUAAAAUGGUAAUUAUACAAUAAUAUCUAUGAAUAAUUUAUUUGUUUUGUUGAUACUAAAUUAGAGCACCAUUCCAUAUAUCAGGUAAACAACCGGUAGCUGAACCUUUAAACAAAAUGCUACCAAGAAAUCCCAGUGUAUUGAAAUGAAUUUCCUUCCCUAAAAUGGAUGGAUUAUGUGAAAUCCUGUGAACAGCUUGGGUCCCCAGUUUCCCCACCUCCAGCAGAGUAGUAAGCCACUUUACUGUUAUUAAGUAGAUCACUAAGUCCUACCAAACUAACAAAACAAAUGUGUGAAAGUGACCAGUCAAUAAAUAUUGCAAUCCAAAGUUGCAGCGUUAACGAAAAGCUAAAACAUUGUUUUGUAGCCAACCUUUUUAAACAACUCAGCACCAGCUAUUAUAGCAUGCCAACAGAGGCAUCAUGCAUAUCUUGUUUAAAAAAUAUGUACCCAUUUUUUGGUAAAACAUUUUGUUGUUGUUUGUUGUUGGCUUUACCUAGCCCAGAUAAGUUCCCAACCUCAUAACUAGCUACCAAGAAGUCGUUUCAGGCUAUCAAUCAAGUUAGAGUAGCUAGCUUGUCUAACUAUCUUAGUUGGCAUGCAUGCUGAAAAGGCUGGUAGAUUUUAGAAAAGCAAGCAAUUACUAAAUGUACUGAAUAAGACUCACAUUCCUUUCCAUCUUUUACUCAGAUUUUUGCAGAGAUGCAGAGAAGAACAUUUGUUAUUUAAAACAAAAAGACACCAGUCAUGAUUAUACCGACAGCUCAAGAGUUUUGCUUAGAUAUUUUGAAAAAUACAAAUAUUUUUGACAUAAUGAUUAUGGCUCUAGAUUGCAGGAAAAGGCUGUUUUCAGGUGAUUGAAAAAUGCAAAAUGAUCCAUCUUCCCAUCACUCCAGACCAUCCCCCCCAGCCAUCCUUAUGUAAUUUGUGCCCACUCAGAUUUUUGGGGUGCAUGACACCCCUGCAUGCCAAUACAGUGUGUUCAGUUGUUGAUAUUGUAACCAUCAGUGAUCACUGUAUUAAUAAAUGAUCGUCAUAACUUUA